AUCAUGUGCUCUGAUAACCUCUUUUUCUUGACCUCCCUCAGCAGUAAACAUCCCUUAAUGACUAAUUAAAAGAGUGGGAGAUGCUUUGAAUAAUUAAUGCGGGAGCAGAUGCUGGAAUUAAUAUUCUAUGAAUAGAAAAGCGUGCCGUCUCUUCCCAUUUCUAAUAUAAUCCAUACAGACCGAUAGUUACAGCAGGUCGACUCACUGUAUGUGCGCUCUGGGAGUCACCCAUCUAGCUACUAACGUGUGUUAGUUAGUUAGUGCAGGUGUUCAGACGUCUGGUGUGAACUCUUCUGUCAGCAGGAGAAUCUGAGCGCUCAGUUCGGUCACAUGAUGCUGGUCCAGCAGGCCUCGGGUGAUGUUUACCCGCUCCAGAGCCCUGCGCCUCCACCGCAUCAGAGCGGAUACGUGAUGUCCUCGACGGGACCGACGUUUCCCACAGCCUCCGUCAGCCAGCAACAGAUGCCAGCGUGUUACUGUUCGCCCAGCCAGUUCCCGGUGUCUGGACAGCUGUACCAGCCCAUGGGUUCAGUGCCAUACAGCGCUCCGAGUCAGAUUCCUCCCGCACCCGCGCAGCAGCCAGGUUACCAAACUGUGAUGCCAAAUCAGCAGCAGAGCUACCAGAACAUGAUUAGAUGCACGCCGCCGCAGAAUCCGAUGCAAGGCAUGAUGGUCCAGUAUCCGUCAGAGCCAUCUUAUCAGGUGUCCGUGCCGCAGCAGACGUAUCAGCAGCCCGUGUACUACAGCAUCUUCCCUCCCCACCAGCAGAGCGCCGGCAGCUCCUCCGUGGGGUUCCUGCCUCCUCCACGAGCGGAGCAGAUGCCGCUCCACCGCACCACGGCACCCUGCGGCUCGAAACAGAUUCGCACCCAGCAGUGCUCAGGAGCUCCGCCCCCAGCAGCAGGUGGAAUGGUGAUGAUGCACCUGACGUUACCUGCGUCCCAGCAGCCUCAGUCUCAUUCACCGCCGCAGUGGAAACACAACCAAUACUACAGCUCCGAUCACACACACUCACAGAAGCCCAGCGACGUCUGCGGUCUGGAACCAUCACGAAGCAGUCCUCAGCUGGGAAGCUCGUCAUCAACACACCUCACUAACGUAAAGAGCAUCCGUCCGAGCCUCAACACUGUUCCCAUCAUGCCUCACUUCUCCAGAUCCAUGGUUUCAGGACAGGGUGACUUGCGCUUCCAGUACAGCCCUCAGAUCCGCCCACCGUUACUUCAAGCCCCGCCCACGCUGUCCAGUCAGACUCCGGCGGGGAUCCGGAAGCUGCCGAGGAAAGCGCUGUCUACAGAUCUCAGUGUAGGUGACGCAGGUAACCCUAACUCUGUUCCUCCAGACCCUGCAGAGCUUCGCUCCUCACGCUCCUCACGCUCCUCAGAAUCUGCUGAACUCGUGAAGCUUGGAGCCAAACUCUGCAGGAACGUGGACCAGAGUUGCCCAGUGCUGCUGUCGAAACACACACCUGAUGAUGAUGAUGAUGAUGAUCCUGCCUCUUCCUCCUCCUCAGGAGCUAGGACUGGCGAGAGUCAGUUCGUGGUUUCUCACGCUUGUAUAGCUGCUCUGGCGUUGCUCGGGCUCUCAUCUCCAUUCCUCUGUGUUCCUCCUCCAGUAACGUGGCAGAAGAAAGAUCCUCCACCUGCUGGUGCUCUUCUCGAGCUGGAGCUGCUGGAGCUGCUGGAGGGCAUGAUGAAGGACAGCUUUAUCUUCAUGUGGAGGCCGGGUAACGUAACGUGGCAGAAGAAAGAUCCUCCACCUGCUGGUGCUCUUCUCGAGCUGGAGCUGCUGGAGCUGCUGGAGCUGCUGGAGGGCAUGAUGAAGGACAGCUUUAUCUUCAUGUGGAGGCCGGGUAACGGUGUGAAUCUGUGCCGGCGAGAUUAA